GCGGGCUCACCUAUGGGACUGGGCAGAAGCAAACACAAACGCGGGAAAGGUGAGAAGCAAAACAAGGAGUACACCUAUUCAGGCCCAAGGCCUAAGGAAAGGUCGAUGAACAGGCAGUCCCAGGACUCUGAGAAGCCACUAGACACUGCGCCUGCAGAGGGUCACUCUCAGAGGAAGGCGGCAGCCAAGCAGCACUGCCUGUCACCCAAAGUCAAAGAGAAAACUGAGGCAAAGGUCAGGCUGGGCGAGAAGAGAGCUAUCCUUCCACAGAUCGUCAUCAGCAGAGCCUCAAGCAAGACUGUCAUCAGCUACAACUCUGGCUCCAGCAGGAACGAGGAACAGAAGACCAUUCGGGAGCCGGUGGAAUGGGGCCCCUACGCCAGGCACAGGAACCCCAGCACCAUCGAUGCCUACACCUCACAAACCAAACAAUAAACGGCCACCAGGGGUAGCUGUCCCCCGUUCACUGUGCUCUGAGUCUCAGCCAAGAUGGCAGAAGGGCCACCCUGCCCGGCAGGAAGCUGCAGGGGCCCCUGCAGGAGACGAGGGUCCCCCGUGCUGGCAGCUUGGCUGAGGGCCAGAGUGACUCUGAAAUAAGUGAAGGAGUCCGCCUCCUGCUGGCAUGGCAGCCUGUGCAGAGGCGUGAGGAGAGCAGGAGGCAUCUGCCCUGACUCCUGGGGGCCAUUGGAGCCCUCACACAUUCUGAGGGGUGUGCGGUGAGUCCUGGCAGUCGUGGGGAGUGAGGUGUCCCCACACUUGGAAAGAAGGUGGGUCUCUGAGCACUGAACUUCAAGGCCCAAAGGCUCCUAGCCCGGCUGUGACCUGGCCCAGGGUAUUCAGAGUCCAGAAUGAGAAUGUGGAACAGGAGUUGGGGCCGAUGUGCAUGCGGAACUUUGGAAGCAGCCUUGUCACCACUGCCCCAGGAAGAGGAGAGUGGAGCUGACACUGCUCGUCUUUCUGGGUGUGAACAAGGGCACCCAUCCAGGGGGCCCCCAAGCUGUGCCCCACAGCCAGCAGUGCUCAGGUGCAGCUGGAGAGAAUGCCCCGCCCUGGCUGGGCUCACGUGCAGUCUGGUGACACUGUGUUAGCUCUUAGUUUGCAGAAUGGAAGCAAACUGUACACACGGUUCCUAUUUCUGCCUAUGAGGAUUAUGUUCCAUUAGUAUUAAGUAGUGCAAUUGACUUC